UGUAAUAUCGGUGUAUAUAAUAUCAUCAUGACCAAUUUAAUUGAUGCACAUUGGUUUCCAUUGGCUUCGCAAAGCAAUAUUUAUUCAAUGACACAGUUAUGUUCACUUAGUGGGGUUAAUAAAGUUUUGGUGGCAUCUUUGAAAAGAAAGAUAUACUCGUGCGAAUAUCAUAUUACGCCAAAAUGGAAUUUGAGGCCAGUAGUCAAGGAAUUACUCUUCACGUACAUUCCUAAUGGGGCUGAAAUUAUUGCAAUUGAUGCUUAUAACAAAAUGGAUGUGGGCGAUGGAUUUGUUAUAGGAAUAACAAUUAUUAAAACGAGCACAAAUACAUCAGUUGAAAGAUACCUGAAUAUAUAUUCUGAAGGUGUUGUGGAUGGAGAAGGAGAUGAAAAUAGUACAAUUGAAACUAUAGCACAAAAUUGUCUUAUGGUAGAAUUAUCAUAUACUCCAUAUCAUUUAUAUCAUACAAUAUUACCACAUCAAGCUUCUGGCAAUGAGGUGAUUUGGUUAAUUUCUGGAAGUGAUUAUAAGAUUCAUAUGAUUAUGGAAGAUAAAUUAACUCAUGGGUAUAUUGAACCAUCUAUUGAAAAAUAUUUUCCAGAACUACAUAAUAUUCAAGCUAUUUGUUUAUGGAUAAGUGUUUAUUAUUUUGAUAAUUAUAAAUGGCGACUCAGUGCAAUUGGAUGUGAAUGUGGUUUAGUCAAAGUAGCUUUAGUGGAUGUCUUAGAAAUACAGAUGGUUAGAAAUUGGUCAUUGAGAUAUGAUAAACCAAUUUCAAGUAUACAUAUAUUUCCUCAUAGAAAUAAUAUUCCUCCACCAUCAUCAUUAAAUUAUGAAUGUAAAUCUAAAGAAUCUUUCUCAGAUGAGGAUCCAAUAUUGAACAUCUUGAUUGGUAAUACAAGCAAUGCUAUUGUCUUUAUGGAUAUUUUGCAUUGUGGAAUGGAAAAAGAUAUGAUAUUAAAUGGUAGUGAUUUAUCAGAUUGUAUAUUAUGUACAUGUGUUGCGGAUAUAAACAUGGAUGGUCAAAAUGAAAUACUGUUAGGCACAUAUGGACAGGAAGUUUUAAUUUUUGCAUUAUCAGGUGAUACAUGGGAAUUAUCUGUACGAAAAUUAUUUGAUGCUCCGGUACAUUCUAUAUCUUAUAUGGAUAUAACCAAUGAUGGUAUGAAAGAACUUAUUGUUCUUACGCAACGAGGAGUGCAUAUAUUGCAGCAUAACACAGUAGUUGUUAAAGAUAAAUGGAAGGAAAUGUUUAGAAAUUUGUUAAUUAAAAGUGGUAGGUGAAAGUAGUAAAAUAUCAAUUCACACAAUAUUUUUUGUUCUUGAAUUAAUUAUAAUACACCAAAGAAAGAAAGAAAAAAAACUAGUGCUAACGUAACUUUUUUUUUUUUU